ACUAAAUAAUGUCAAGCGCGCCCUGCACGAGCUUUCAUUCAGCAUGGGCCGCCAGCCGAGCUAAGCAAGGCAGGAGAUCAAAGUGUCAGCGAUGACGCAGCCAGCCAGCACGCCAGCCGAAUCGAGCCCUUGCAUGCUACUCCAAAGACCAAGAAGGCGCCUUGCAGCAGCGAUGGGCCUAUCAACAAGAGUAGCAGCGACGCAUCACCCAGAGAAACCAUUCGCACUCCACGCAGAUUCCUCAGAGUCGGAACGGCUGCCGACCUGCACCGUCUUGGGAGCAAUCGCGCCGCCGCAUUGCCUGCGCGCCGACUUGUCCGGCGUGAGCACGCUUGCACUGCUGUGCGAUGACGCGACGCAACAUGACGUGGUGCCGCUGCCGUCGGUAGCCACGGUACAGUUGGUACUCGAGCGCCAAGUGCAGUUCGGAUACAUCAAGUACGGGCAUAGGUCGCGGCGGGCGCCUUGGCGAGCGGGUGACGCUGUGAACACGCGCACGGCCGUAGAGUUCUCGUUCGAGCAUAGGACUUGGCGGGACGGAAAAUUCCGUCUCCCGCUGGAUCACGUCAAGUCCAGGAAUCCUGAAUCGUACACUGGAGGUAUCUGUGGGGUUUCGGGAUUUCGGAAAGGGAACGGGUCAUGGGGGAAGCAGGAUCCCGGGAAUCCCGAAUGAGAACGCUACCAGGGGCCUCCCUUCAUCAUGCCUGCACUCUGCCAUCAAGCCACUCUUGUCGACUACACCUUGACCUGUGCUUGUGUGCAUGGUGCCUUUCGUCCAUCGCUCACGGUUUCGUCCCUUUGCGCUCAGAGCCUUCUGCCCUCUUCUGGCAUGCAGACGCUCGGAAGGCCGUAGCUAAAAGCCACUCCGUUUCUUGCCGAGCUCGAGAGAUAUCGCCAGCACGGGCAUCGACAAAAAGUUGCUGGGCGCCUUCUCGACCAAGGACCCGAACAGCGCGGUGCUUGUCACCCACAAGAUCUCCUUGGACAUUCAGAUCGGUGCCCACGUGCCGCUCGUAUCGUGCUAGGUGCUGUACGGUUCCGCGGCACCAAGGGUGAAUUCGAGAUGUCUUGCUUCAAUGAACGUCU